UCAGUCAGCAUAACAACAAGGUAACCUAUAACUUUUGACUUCAGCUGUUUGUUACUCCGCUUAAAAGAAAAUGCUGAGAAAUAUAUUACGUACCAGCCGGUGGCUGGCACGGCGACAAAUCAAUAGUGUAGCUCCUGUAUUACUGCGCCAUUACCCACGGAUAUCUUCUGAAGCUACAAGUUUCUCUUUUGAUCGACAAUUUUCAUCUACCCCGCCGACUUCUCAAGUAUCCGAAGUUGACCAAGCAGUGUUCGAAGAAAUCUGCAACGAAACUUUAGAAUCCCUAUGUGAAUAUUUCGAGGAAAUUGUGGACUCGUCCCCUAAUUUAAAAGGCGCUGAUGUGACUUUUAGUGAUGGAGUACUAACAAUAGCACUAGGAAACUAUGGAACCUAUGUAAUAAAUAGACAAACACCAAACAAACAAAUUUGGCUCAGUUCCCCUGUCUCCGGACCCAAACGUUAUGACUUAGUACUCAAAGACGGAGGCCACUGGGUUUACAAACAUGAUGGAAUAAGCCUACACAAAUUACUACAAGAAGAGAUAUCAAAAAUAGUGACAAGCAAAGUAGAAUUUAAUAAAUGUUCUCAUAGUUUAGUGUGAAAAUUGAAUAUUUUAUUUAUUUUUAGUAAGUAAAUAGGUUUUAUCAUUUCAUUUUUGUUUUAUUUUUCUGUUAUUUUUUUUAAAUUCAAAAUGGAGGUUAUCGAAGAUGGGAAUAUUAUGGAUCGGAUUCCUAUUUUGUUGCAAAGGGAUUUGGAGUAUUAUCAGAAAAAUCAAACAGUAUUAUCUGAGACUAUUUGCAAAGGAGUUGUUGGUGGUAGACUGGACUUCCCAAGGAAUGCUUCAUUUGCAUCUGUUAAAAUAGUACUCUGGUUGGAGGAGGAAUUUUCAAUUGCAUUCAAGCAAGGCUCAGGCAUGUUCGUAAUAACGAAGGAAGAUGAGAAAAGUGAUAUUGGAGUAGCUAAAACUUCGGACCCUGAUAAGUUCGUGCAGCUUGCCGUCAAAUCUGGAGACUCAUUACUAGAACAUCUCCACAUGUUGGCACAAGAAGCUCUUGAUCAUGCUGAUCUCCCAGUACUCACAGCUACUCUCGGAGCUGCGGCGUUGUUGAAGAACAGCUUGUAUUGCUACGUGCAGCAUAUUGAGGAUAGCGGGAACCCUGAACGAUACUCUCAAAUUCAGAGUUGUUACAAACGCUACACGACUAUGUCUGAAGCUGUUGGCGAACGAGUAUUGGAUCUACAUAACCGAGUUCUUUCGCUGUACAUACUGCAAGAUUCUGGUGGACGACCGAUAGAUGGCAACACUAGGACUGUCCAUGAAACUGGUACGCCUUCUGUGCAAGGAUGGUGGCUUUAUAUGAAUGGAAGUAGACGAGACCUAUGGGAUACUGUACCGCCCCGGAUGGCGCAGAGAAUAUUCGCAGGAAUGCUCAACGAAACUCUUACUAUUCUCACUGUGAGAUAUUGUCAGACAAACACAACGGAAACGACAACUCGUCUUCUCUUGAACGAUAUCUUGAACAUUCUUCUUUGUGUGGCGCAACUCUUACCGUCAAUUUGUGCAAGUGGAUCCGACUUGGCUGGUCUUGAUGUUAAGCAUCAGACAAGAGAUGUGAGAGAUGUACAUGCGAAGUGUAAUGAACUCUUCAAGUGUUUUGUUUAUAGAGGUGCUGAUUUGCAUUUUAUACAUCAGGAGUUCAAAGAGAAAGAUCCACCCUCAAUACCAAGGGAAUGUCCGUUUCCUUGGUUCACUUUCGUAAGUCCAAUGUUAUUCGACAAGUUAGACGAUCCAUCGGUGAGGAGCACGCAUGACCUCUCCAACAAGACCGCAUUUGGAUUGGAGUUGAUUGUGUUGUUGGCACAGCCUCAGCCAAAUUGGGCGUUAAUUGUUAAGGUGCUAAUGAUGCGAGACUGCCACCUCUCCCGAAUGCUCCUAAUCCGCGCCAUCCGACACAUGUGCACUGACAACUUGAGGUGGCCGGCAGACGGGCUGUGGUACAGCGUACAUGAUAGACAGAAGAAAUGUAGCGGGUUUUUGUGCACUGCUGAUGGGUUCUGCAGAUUUAAGGGUGAUGUUAAUCCGGGGGAGGAAUUUGCCAGAGUGGCGGGUGCACUUACGUAUGUCCUGGCUUCAAUCGGUAGUAAGGCGGAGUUGAAGUCUACCUUAUGCUAUGCACUCGAGAUUUCCGGAAGAGACUGGUCUGCUUGCUUGGAUAAACGACAGGUGUGGUGCGAUAGACGACCGCCAUGGUUAGCUGGCAUUCUGGCACUAGUGGGCUCAAUCCUACAGUUUAUACCACCCAUACUAGUGAACGCAGUGCAAAGCGGAGCUUCUAUGUAUCAGACUAUGGCUCUCUGCCUAUCUUGCAUAUCAAGAUCUCUAGACUGCGUUCCCCGUUGCUUCGUGAACGCAUGCUCAAUUAUAGAAGGCACUCUUCCCUCUCAUAUAAAUCCUGUAGGUGGUUCAGUUUUAUUACAAAUGCUUGUUACUGUAACAUAUGAGGAAAUACAAAAAUGGGCUGAAGAAGAAGUUGAGAAAGAAAAAGCAGUAGCUUCGGCAGCGAAUGGAGAGCCGCAUAUAAUGAGUGCAAAAUCAAGCAGACCGAAGUCUAAGCAAGUGAGGAUCGUUGCCCUUGGACAAACAACAACGUCAUCCUUAAGUUUUGAUGGAAGUCACAGCAGCCCCUCGUCCAUUGCCCUGGCAGUUGCCGAAGCACUCUGCUCAAUAGACGAAGACGACAAACAUACUCGAGACAUCCAACUCUUGAUAGAAAAGGCGAAAAGAAAAGUUGUACUGUCUGAACAAUUCGGACUUGAAGAUUUUCCUGAGUUCGCCGAGUUGUUUGAAGAGGGCGACGUGCCAGGGUCUAAUGCAGAACGGGCAAGCGACGCCGCUGCCCUCACUAGUCAGAUACUUAUGAAACCUCCAGGAAGAGAUAGUCUUCGAGUCAUAUACGAACACCUAGCGCUGCAUUCAGAAUGGAUAUACAAGGAACUAGGCAUCAGAGAUUCGUGUGACAUCGACAUACCUACCAACAAAACGCCACUAUUGUACACCAUGUUCCAUAUUGGGAAACAACCGUUUGAUCAAUUCCUUCGUGGUGAAUGGCCUUUACCCUGGAGCAAGCUGGUCGCCGUCGCCAAAGCGUGGUCUGGUUUGGAAGGAGUCAGAGUCCACAUAAACAGGCGCACUGACGUCCGCAACAUGAAGUCGCAAGGCAAAUCUAAUAAACAGUUGAUGCAACUUUGUUCUCUGUUUAAAUCAAAUAGUGAGGGACUUUUGUAG